UCGAAGUGAAACGGUUCAUUCGAUUUAACAAAACACAACGCAAGACACUCUGUUAUUUUGGUGUGCGCGCAAAGACACUUCUUGCCUAUUUCAUUCGAUCGUCGAUAUAUUUCAUUUGAGUUUCAUUUUGCUUGGAAUUUUUUUCGUUGUUAUUUUUUUUGCUUCUCAAAUAGUUUAUUUUUGUUUCUUGCAUCGAAAUUGUUUUUUCGACCAAAUUGUUUUAAAACACAAGUUAUCUAUUUAAGAACAAAAAACACCGACUGUGCAAAAGAAAAGAAUGAAUGAAUCGCAGUCAAAGUUAAAAUCGUGUAAACAAGAAAAAUUCAAUGAAUGAACCGCUCUAAUUGCAAUUUGAAAAUAUUGUUGUUGAUGGUUUUGUUGCUGUAGUUGAUGUUCGUUUUGCUCCUCCUAGCCCGUUAAUGAAGUUCAUAAUUAGAGUGUGAGUGAGUGAGUGCUUGGCAAGUGCGAAAUUCCAAUGAACCAGAACGUGUUCGGCUCAUAAAAAACAAUGAUUUAAUAGCCCUAACUGAACCGAUGUUUAACGUUUGCUAAUCAUUCGGGUGAAGAAUCGAUGCUGUGCUGUGCAUUUUAAAAUAUCGCCGUUGUUCGGUUGCUGCUGCAUGCUCAAGUGCGUUCUGAAAAACGAAAAAAGGAGAAUAAAAACCACAAGGCAAUAUACACAUAAACUGUUAUUUUAAAACAAAAAAGCAAAUCAAUAGACGAUCGGAGUAAAAAAAAAAAGAGAAAGAGAUUGCCCGAUCUAUCAAUCAGCCUUAAGAUCUCUCCCAAUUUAAGUGAUUGAAUGAAAUCGAGUUUCUUUGAAUGAAGCAUUUUAUAAUUUCGUUUGACGUGAGAAUUUGAUAAAAGCAAAAAUGCAAAAAAUCCACACGAUUUCAUCGCCACCAGUUAUGAGCACAAGCAAUACAUCAUCAACGACAAGUGAUCUGAUAGCAUCAGUUGUAGCCGGACAUAAGAUCAAUAGUACGAAAAAUAAUAAUUCAAACAAGAAAAUUAGCAGCAGUGUUGUGGUCGGUGUGUCAAAUAAUAAUAAUAGCAGCAUAAACAACAACGUGCCAAACGCGACAAAUGAUGGCACGGCAUUGAAACUAGCGAAAUCAACACCAGCCAAACCCAAUGGAAAAAAUGCAUUGGCUGCCACAACGUCCACACCGUCAACAAAACCAAUCGUAAGCAAUAACAACAACAACACUCACAACGUGAACAGCAAAAGCAACGCACCAUCGAGUAAUUCAACGACGUCUUCCAACGCUUCCACGGUCAAUUCGAAGAAUCUGAAUAAUAAAAUCAGUAAAAAUACUAGUAGUAAUAACAUACUGAUGGGUGCUGAUAUUGUUAAUCUAGCCAAUGUUCUGUCCACGCAAACUGCUGCUAUUGCACCCGAUGCACAGGCGAAACAAGUGCUAAAAGAAGCCGUCGAUGCGGUUGUAAAUAGUUUCGCUAAACACACUCAAGGCUAUGGUCGUGUGAACGUCGUCGAAGCACUUCAGGAAUUUUGGCAGAUGAAACAAGCGCGUGGCGCUGAUUUGAAAAACGGUGCCAUUGUUAUCUACGAAUCAGUUCCAUCGAAUAGCCAGCCGUACAUUUGUUACGUCACUUUGCCCGGAGGCAGUUGUUUUGGUAGCUUUCAGAAUUGCCCAACAAAAGCUGAGGCACGGCGAAGUUCAGCCAAAAUCGCCUUGAUGAAUUCCGUUUUCAACGAGCAUCCUUCCAGACGCAUCAGCGAUGAGUUCAUUGCAAAGGCCGUCCAAGAGGCGCGAGCAUCUUUCAAAUCGGAAAAUAGUGAAGACGAUGGACCAGACACUGGAAUCGGCGCAUUUAGAUUCAUGCUUGAAGCGAAUAAAGGCCGUACAAUGCUGGAAUUCCAAGAAUUGAUGACAGUAUUCCAGCUGCUCCAUUGGAACGGAUCGUUGAAAGCAAUGCGAGAACGUCAAUGCUCCCGACAAGAGGUGGUGGCCCACUAUUCGAAUCGCACUUUAGACGAUGAUAUGCGUUCACAGAUGGCACUCGAUUGGAUUGCACGUGAACAGGAGAGUCCGGGUGUGUUGAGCCGUGAACUUGCCCUGGCUGAACGUGAAUUGGAAACGGCUCGUUUGGCUGGCAGAGAAUUGCGUUUCCCAAAAGAAAAGAAAGACAUUCUAAUGUUGGCUCACAACCAAUUGGGCAGUACAAAUACGGUAUUAAAUAGCUAAAUCCAUUCACAGAAAACGCAAUCGCAAUGGCAAUGGCAUUACUUGAAUCUCAUUCAAUUUAGUUUUCUAAGCGCAAACAAAAAAAAAACAAACAAACAAACAACACAGCACACAAUACAAAUCAAUGAUCGAUCUUAUAUUCAUGAUGAAUUUUGCAUUUAUAAAUAUUCUUCAAUGUGUUUAUAGUAAUCAGGCCGAGAAUUGCAAAUGGAUUUCCAAGUCCAAUGUUUAGAUACCGGAAUAAGUUCUGUUUUUCCUGAAGGUUCUAACUAUCAAUUUCGGAAAGAAAGUGAGAAAAGCGAAUUCGAAUUCUUUUCGCGACCUUUAAAAAAACGAUCAGUAUGAAAUUGUCCCACUAAAAUGCAUCUUCAGCUAAAUCUCGAGCACUUGGAAUUCACGAAUGUUUUGGCAAAUGGAAUGAAUUCAAUGCGUUUUUAGUCAUUUUCGAACUCUUGCCACACGUCUGAUUGCAAUGAAAGUUCGAAGUUCAAAAUUAGCCAUUUUAAAAAUUGAAACGAAACAUUUUUUUUCAUCACGCAAAACAAGAGAAUGUGAUCAUUUUUAUUAAAUAUAUUAUACGUAGAAGACGGAGGAGAAGUAGGAGGAGGAGGAGAGCCAAGUGUACCUUCUCAGCGAGAUGCGAUGUUUGAUUUUUAUUAAGCGUUUUAAUCAUAAUUCAAUUUGAACAAUUUUUUUGUCGUCAUCAUCGUCGUCGUAGAUUUAGCAUUUAACAAAAACAUCCAACAAAAUUCUUUUUUUUGCAUUUCAUUUUUGAUGUUUAAUUUUAAAAAAAAAAUAACGAAAGCAACGAACGUAUGAAUCGAAUCGUAACGGACACGAUUCCAAAAUGUUAAUAAGAAUAUAGCGAAUUGUGAUUUUUUUCUCUUUCUCUUUAAAAAACGGAACAAUCGAUUUCGAAGAAUUUUCUAUCGUUUUACAUAUUUUUGCUCGUUACUUGUUUCUACAUCGAAUUUCGGUUGCAUAUAUUUUCAAAUUAGUCAAUCACUUUUCAGUUUCAGCCUAAUUUAAAAAAAAAACAUUCAUAGCUCUUGUCGUAGCAUUUAAACAACGAAGAAAAGCAUUUAUUCAAUUUUAAAACAAAACAAUGUUAAUCCGUAUAUGAUAACAAAGAAAAAAAAAACAAUUAAAAUUAGCCUAACGAGUUGAGUGUGUAGUUGAAAUGGAACUAACGAAAUAUGGACAAUUGAAAAGAAGCGAAAAUAAACAUUUACAUUUUAUCUUAUCAUA